CAUGUGUUCUUUUCUUGCUCUGUGCUGACUUCUUUCAUGCCUUGCCAUAGUUUCGUGCUUCAUGCCAUGCCAAGACUACAAGAUGUUGGCGUCUCUAGAGCCUGCUUUGAGGAUCUGCAGCGUGAAGACGCGCUUCACGGCUUUGCGGAACCACGGGUAGAAGAGGGCGUAGAUGAAGGGGUUGAGGCAAGAGUUGGAGUGGGCCAGCCAGAUCGCGAAGGUGGCCGAGGCGGCGUUCAUGGAGGUGUUCUCUCCCGCCAGGGUGGGAAAGUAGUACGGGCAGAAGCAGAUGAGGAAGACCAGCACCACGAUGCCCAAGGUCCUGGCCGCCUUCAUCUCGCUCUUCUUCACGCGCUGCACCAUGCCGGCGCCCACUCGAGAGCGCAUGACGUGGGCCUGAGCCACGGCCACGCCGAAUACCCUCAGAUAGAGCACCAGGAUGGCUAGAAUGGGCAGCACGAAGGUCAUGACCAGGUCCGUGGAGCCCGCCGCGUUGGCGAUGACCACCACGCACUCCCCCAGGCAGGAGAUGGACCUGCCUGGCUCCUCCAAGUGCUCGUUGAGUAGCACCAGCCUGUAGACCAUGGAGCAGAGCCAGCACAGGCCCACGCAGAUCUUCACCCGCCUCUUGGUGACGCGGCUGGGGUAGGAGAGCGGAUGGCAGAUGGCCACGUAGCGGUCCACCGAGAUCAGCACCAUGUUGGCCACCGACGCCGACGUGAUCACGUAGUCGGCCACGUAGUACAGCGUGCACGCCACGUCGCCCAGGAACCAGCAGGCCUCCGUAUACAUGAUCUCCACGGGCAUGAGCAGGGCGCCCACCAGCAGGUCGGACACGGCCAGCGACAGCAGCAGCAGGUUGGUGGGCGUGUGAAGCUGCCUGGCGGCGAGGGACGACAACAUCAGCAAACGCUCUGGCCUGCGAGGAACGCGUGUGAUCACCUGAAGUAGGAGAUGGAGAAGAUGACCAGGCUGUUGAGAGCCACCGUCACCAUGGAGACGCAGGACAGCAGCACGUAGAUCAGCAGGGCCUGCACGGGCGGCUGUCUGGGCACCCGGCACGAGGCGUUCAGGUCCGGGUAGCACAGCUCCGACGCCCCGACGCUCUCCAUCGCCCGGCAGAUGGAGAAGAAGAAGAAGAAAAAGCGCCGUCUCUGAGCACUGUGCUGCGGUCCUCAGCCCUCGCCGCACUUUAUUAGUUCCUGCACGCCACAAGAAGCUGACAAAUUGAAUGGAAGCCCCGCCCCAUUCAUUUCUUGCACAAGCGUGGCACGUGACUUUGACUUCCAAUUGUUCGCCAACAUGCGAAGUCCUCCUCAAGUUGGCUGACGAGGUCGGAGGUCAAAUCCGCCCACGCCAGCCCUCGUCUUCAUCAGUCUGAGCAAGAAUCCUGUUGAUUUUUCAGGUCAAAAAUCACUCCACCUACACCUGACAGUUCAAAAUACCGUGGUGGCCAACCAAGACCCCUAUUGAUUUUGAUGAGGCCUCCUCUUAAGGAAACUGCAAGAAAAGAAAGAACCCCAUUGAUUGUUUUUCUCAUCACUGGCCAGUGCGUGAACCCUUUUGAUGUUUUAUUGAUCUGCGUUUCUUCUCCGUUUUGGGAGGAAGAGGAGCAAUCUUUAUGUGGUCAUACCUGUCUGAAGGCCAAGCACUGCCAGGUAGAGAAGGAAGCAGGACAUGAUGGAGGUGCACUCACAGGUUGGCGAAAAAGGAGGCGGAGAAGAAAGAGAGUUAAAAAGGCAGUGGUGUUCCGGCCUUAUCCCUGACGGAGAUGGCGGAGGAGGCCGAGCUGUGUUUCCCGCUGCUCGUCAACACAUCCUGCCGGAGGACGCCGCGCCCUCGCCUGGCUGUCGUCGGCAUCUUCGUGCUGCUGUCGACCGUCUUUCUGCUCACCGUUGCUCUCAACCUGCUGGUCAUCGUGUCCAUCUCACACUUCAGGCAGCUGCAGACGUCCACCAACCUGCUGCUGCUGUCUCUGGCCAGCUCCGACUUCUUGAUGGGCUUCUUCAUGUUGUUCCAGAUCUUCCAGCUGAACGGCUGCUGGUUGUUCGGCGACAUGACGUGCGCUGCGGUUUACCUCCUGGAUCACCUGAUCUCGUCGGCCUCCAUCGGGACCAUGGUGCUCAUAUCGGUAGAUCGUUACGUGGCCGUUUGCGACCCUCUUCACUACCCCGUCAGGGUCACCAGGAGACGAGUGGAGCUUUCCAUCGUCCUGUGCUGGUCGUUUUCCUCCGUCUUCAACGUGGCGUGUUCGAUUGACACGCUGCAGCGGCCGGGCAGGGUCAUCUCCUGCGUGGGCGAGUGCGUGGUCCUUGUCAAUCGCGCCGCUGGACAAGCGGACCUGAUUUUCUCCUUCAUCGGCCCCAUCAGUGCCAUAGCGCUGCUGAACAUGAGAGUGUUUGUAGCGGCCGUGUCUCAGGCGCGAGCCCGCGUUGGAGUUUCGGUCCCACAAUGCUCGCGCGGCCCCAAGAGCUCUGAGCUGAGGGCAGCCAGGUCGCUUGGGGUGGUAGUGAUCGCGUUUUUCGUGUGCAUCACACCGUACUUCUGCAUGGUCGUCUCAGGGCAGAACGUGGCGCUCAACUCGUCGGCGGCGGCCGUUAUCAUUUGUUUGUUCUACUUCAACUCCUGCAUCAACCCGCUGAUCUACUCCCUUUUCUACCGCUGGUUCAGGAAGUCCAUUAAGCUCAUUGUGACGCUCCAAAUUCUGCAGCCUGAUUCUAGCAGGGCGCACCUGCUGUAGACGCGCUUCUGCCUCAUAACGGCAAUAAUCAUAAAACAUUUGCUUUAUUAAGGGCUCAAAGAUGCUGCACAAAGAAUCAGAAUUGUUUUUAUUGCGAUUGUCUGUAAGGGUUCUCAAACUAGGUUGUUUUUUUUUACAGUGCAACAAAUGAAACGUCAACAAGCAAAAAUAAAACCUUAAAGAAAAAACAGAACAAGACUAAAUGAAUUGGAUUAAUGAAUUAAUUAAUGAACUUUAAAAAGUGUCUUCAUAUAAAAUAAUAUAUCUAAUUAUAAUAAAAAAUAAAACAUCUAUCCUAUAUAUAUAAUUAAAUAAAAUGGCUAAAAAGUGGAUAAUAAAAUAAUGUCUAAUUAUGAUAAAAUAUUUAACCUUUGUAUGUUAUUAAAAAUGGCUAAAAUGUGUGUAUAAUAAAAUAAUAUAUCUAAAUAUAAUUAGAUAAAAUAUCUCAUCCUUGUGUAGAAUUGAGUAAAAUGGCUAAAAUGUGUGUAUAUUAAAUUCUGGUUGCACCCGUAGACGCCGUCGGUGGACCAAUCAGAGCGUAGGACACUAACGAGUUGCUGCAAAUGGGGCAGUGCGACGUCACAGGGGAACUGAGGUGAUGGGAACAACACAUCAGAGCGAGAACUCUGACUUUGUACACAAAUGUGUGGUAAGACAACAGGGGUUAAAGGUCAAAUGGAUCAGGAAUACUAUUGCUUUUAAAACGACACGACAUGCACAUUUGAAAUGAUUAACUUCAAUGUGACAGCUCACGUUUACAACUGCAAUGUGUUGUUUUUGAUAACUGUUAGGGAACACUGAUGGGAAUUCCGUCUCUUUUGAGGGAGUCGACGUUUUUGGCUGGACUCCUGUUGACUUUUUUUUUCUUUUUUUGCCCAAAUUAAUUGAUGACCAAUAUAAGCCUAAAACGAGUUCUUACUGUAAAAAUGUAAUUACAUUAAAUAUUUGUGAUUUAUUUGGGUUUACAGAAACAAAUGAUAAAAUACACAACAAAGACCAUCUCAAUUUACUAUUUGUACUUUGGUAACUUUUUGCGGCGAAACAACAUAUCAGCGACACAAUGUUACUGAAAAAAAUGUAUUCAUUGUUAAAAUGUGAAAAAGUCAAAGAAAUAAUGACCAGAAGACUGAAGUUAAUUUGCAACCCCAAAAAAUCUGCUGAACAAUAUUUAUAUCAAUCCAUUUUUUCUACCGCUUCACACUUUCGGGGUUGCGGGGGGUGCUGGAGCCUAUCUCAGGUGCAUUUGGGCGGAAGGCGGGGUACAACCUGGACAAGUCGUCACCUCAUCACAGGGCCAACACAGAUAGACAGACAACAUUCACACUCACGUUAACACACUAGGGCCAAUUUACUGUUGCCAAUUAACAAUAUUUAUAUGAUUUGAUUUAUUUAUUAUUAUAGUUUUGUGAAUUUCUAUUUGUAGAUAAAUAAAGAAUAUAUCUACCUAUGUAUUUUACUUUUGCAAAUUUUAAUAAUGAAUAUCUGUUUCUGUGUAAUAUUGUGUUGAUGUUGUGUCGUUUCGAAAAACAUAAUGGAUAAGAUAAAAGAUAAUUUCAUAAAUAGUAUGCAGUUAAAAAAAAUGUAUUCAAAAUUAUAUAUUAAAGAUUAAAAAAAAGAAUACAUUUGAGAAAAAACAACAAACUUUUUUUCAAAUUGAAAAAAUACUCAUUUAAAAAAAAAAUAUGAAACAGUAACUUUUUAUUUGCGUGCCUUUAAGUUGUGCUUGCAAAUCGACUUCAAACUUGUGGGGGGGAAUUUCUGGACAACCUGUUGCCUUCUAACAUUUUGUAAAUAUUUAAAAAAUGUGCAAAAGUAAACAAAAACAAAGCAGCAUUUGCAAAGAGGGACAUCUGUGUAUUUUAAUGCAAUCAGACAAAAACAUGGAUUUGAAACAAAAAAAAAAUUUGCCCACACACAAAAUACAUUGGGAAUUUUUUUACAAUUGGAAUUAAAUUUGUAAAAAAAGAUUAGCAAACAGAUUUUUUGCAAACCAAAAUACUCAAUUUUUUUUUUUUUUUUUUACAGAUAUAAGGGUGUCUACGAAAAUAAAACCAUCUUAUUUAUCAAUGUUGUGUUGAAGUGGAUUUGCAACCAAAAAAGAAACAAGGCUGCAUAACAAGUUAUU